GCUUUGCGCAUGCCCAAACCGACUCGACUUUUACAUAAAAAGAUGGCGGCGCCCUGUAGGAAGCUUGCGAGGUCGGUGAUGUUUAAAGGUUUGUGUCAGAUUCCAGGCCGGUCAUUAUGGACACAGAGGUGCCCGGUCAAGUUACAGGCUCUGAGGUGCAUUCCUCCCCGGUGUCUCACCCGACUCUACCAGCCACUGACCACCACCAGGUCGACACUGAUCAGCACCAAAACAGAACAGCCGAGAAGCAUCGAUCAGCAGAAAACGACUGACACGCCGAAAGAGCAAAAGAAAGAGACUGAGGAGGAAGAGGAGGAGCAGGGACCAGAGUACAUCCCCACGAGAAAGGCCAAGAACCCCAUGAUAAACAUUGGAUAUGCCUGGAUGAUCGGUCUCCCUGCAGGAAUAAUAGGGUUCAUCCUGACCAAGAGAGAGGUGGAUAAGAACCGCCUGAAGCAGCUGAGGAUUCGCCAGCGGAUGAACCGGUCCAAUGAAGGAGAAUACGAGGGCAGUCGCUACCGCAACCACAGACUGGACUGAUCCCAACUACAUUGAGAAGAUGUGUGUGUGUGCGUGCUUGAGUGAACGUGUGUGUGUGCUUGAGUGAAUGUGUGUGUGUGUGUUCACUGCCUCUUCUGCCGUUGGACUGACGAAGCCUUAAAAAGAGACUGAUGUAUACGGAUUGGAAACAGUUGUUGAGAGACACCCGUACUACUUUGCUCGGUGUUCGCACCUACAAGAAUGUAUAUGAAUCGACUGUGAACAAGUCCAUGAUGAUCACGCAGACUGUCUGCGUGGAUCAGUAUAGGAUCCAGAGUUCUUCCUUUGUCAUGACCUUUGUCGGGAGAAUCGCUGGCCAUGUCACUCUGCUACGUUCAACGGGCCUUUUCUUUCCAGAUUUUUCAAAACAUGCAUCAGUAAGUACACCCUGCAAACUGUGUUCCCAUAUGAUUUCCCUCAACAGUCAAUCGUUUAACAUCAAUAGUCUAAAACGUCCAUUCUUCUCAUGUGGUAAGAAUAGAAGCUUGUCUUUUAAUGCUUUGAGGUGUGAAUUUGGGCCUUUUCUCAGUGUUCUGCUGUCAUCGAAUGUUCUGUUCUGAGGGUUCUAAACACAUUUGAGCCUAGAACUGUAUGUUCAAGCCAGUACCUGACAAUCAGGCUAAACAUUUCACAAUGCAAUAAUAGGUACCCUGUAUGUGGUAUCAUGUACAUCAGAAACAGACAUUGCAUUUACAUGAAAAUUUACAUCUGUAAGAUGGCACCACUAAGACGAGACCAUUACCAUUAUACCUCAUGUGGGAGUAGAGGGGAAUGAGGAAGUGGAUGUUAUUGCCAAUCAGGCUCGUAAACAUCCUGAUGUUGAGCUGGAAUUGUCAUUUAGUAAAGCGGAAGCUAAAUGGAUGAAUAAUAACAGUGGUUAAAAGUAAGUGGCAAUAGUUGUGGAACAGGGAGAGUAAGGGAAGACACCUGUAUAAGAGUUGUGGAACAGGGAGAGUAAGGGAAGACACCUGUAUAAGAGUUGUGGAACAGGGAGAGUAAGGGAAGACACCUGUAUAAGAGUUGUGGAACAGGGAGAGUAAGGGAAGACACCUGUAUAAGAGUGGUGGAACAGGGAGAGUAAGGGAAGACACCUGUAUAAGAGUUGUGGAACAGGGAGAGUAAGGGAAGACACCUGUAUAAGAGUUGUGGAACAGGGAGAGUAAGGGAAGACACCUGUAUAAGAGUUGUGGAACAGGGAGAGUAAGGGAAGACACCUGUAUAAGAUCCAGGUGGGGGCAGGGAGGUCCUCAGGCCGAGAGAGAAGGGAGGAAAGUCUGGUCACAAGGCUGAGACUGGGACAAACAAGGCUAAAUAGUGCAUUGAAAGUGGUGGUGAACCAUCCGACUGGGAGGUGUGAUCAUUGUCAGGAAGGAGACAGUGGAACACGUUCUAUUUCAGUGCCAGAAAUAUGUGAAAGGGAGCGAUUGCCAUUAGAUUUGAGGAGUAACAGAGGGGUAUAAGAGCCUUCAUUGUCUCUGGUCCACAGUCCAGUCGGUGCCGGUAAUGCACCUUAAAGUUGGUUGCCAGCCACCAUAUGAAAUCCACAGAAGAAGAAGUCAAAAUAAAAACCUGUCUCUACUUUGA